AUGGAAGAAAUAAUUGGAGUAAUAAGUCCCCAUCUGAAGGAGUCACCUUCCUAUACAUUUUAUCAGAAACUGAUAAAUGAAAAGGAUGUAAAUAAUGUAAGUCACUUCUGUAAUAGUGCAUUGAAUAAAUACAAAGAUAGCAAUUGGGUUUAUAAACUUUGUGGAAAUCUUAUAAAAAAUCUGGAAUUGUUACGAGACGACAAGGAUGAUAUUUUUCGUAAAAAGCAUUGUUUUGAUGUAAAUUACUGGUUAUAUGAUCAUGUACAUAAAAAUCUUAACGAUACUAAAAAGGAAAAGGAUUUUAAUAACAUUAUUAAUUUUUUUGAAGAAACGUGGAAAUAUUAUGUUGUUUAUAGCAUUACAGAAAAUGUGGAUAAAGAGAUAUGCUAUCCAUACAGAUCUUUAUUUAGGGAGAAUUUUUUGAAUCAUCUGAAUGUAGUGAAGAAUUUUUUGGACUAUGUUGAAAAUUUUAAUUUCAUCAAAACGGAUAUUGGGAAGAGUACAUACUACGCAUGCCAAAAGUAUUUCCAUUAUCUUAAAGAGAGAAUUCCACUAUAUUUCUCAUUUAAACCUUUAUGUACAAAGCUAGAAAGUAAUGUUUGCACAGAUCAUAUCAAGUAUCAUCAUUUAUAUAAUCCAAAGAAUUUAUUUACUAAUGGUGAAUUAGUUAAAAUAUAUUUAGAGUCAUGGUGUAAUUCCUGUUAUAAGAAUGCUUUAGAUUUAUACUAUGAAUCCCAGAAACCAUCAUCGGAGUAUAUCACUAAGUAUAAUGAAUAUUUAGAACCGUUAAUUAAUAAAAGGUCAAACUCAAGUGUAAAUUUAGCAAAAAGAGACACUACACAAUUACCAAUUGUGAAUGUUCCAGUAACUUCUGGGAAGGAACAGCCUACAAGAGUUAAAAAUCCAUUGGAAACUACAGAAGCACCAAUUACAGGAGGUAUAGAAACUCCAAGAGAAAAUAUCAGUAAACUUUAUGGUGAUAAUAUCUUUUAUUCAAGUUUAACAAAUGAACAAAGUUUUUCAAUAAAUAAAUUUGUGUUAUUUAUGAUUUUUAUUCUAUUUGGCAUAAUUAUGCUUUUAUUUGUUUUUUAUAAGAUAAAGUCAUUUGGAAAACCUUUCACACGCAGACGCAAAAAAAUUAAAUCUUACCUCCUAGAUGAUUAUAACACUGAAGAUAAGGAUUCAAUUUUUGACAAUUCUGACAGUUUUAGUUCCAUCUCCAAAAGUAGCACGUCAAGCAUGGCAUAUAACCCUACAUGA